AAUCGGCAGUCUGCAAAGGCUCUCAUCGAUCAACAAUCUCUCCAUCGAUCGUGGCCGAUUGCGAUGCGGGUGUAAAACUGUGCGAUUAAUAUUUCGUUUGGCGUUGUCCGUGAAGCGAAGUAGCGUUGGCUGAAUGCGUUUCUUCCCUUGAUUCUCCCGUGCUAUCGUCGAAAGUGUGUGAUAUUGGUGUCCAGCGCCAAACGAGAUGGAUGGUUAUAAGGUAGAGCGCGAGUGAAAGAGACGGAUCAGUUCAGUGUCGAGGGGAAAAGAACCGGCGAAGGUGGCACAUCUUUCUGUCACGGUGACGUACUGUCGUUUGAAAUCCUGUUUUUAUUCGCGGUUCGCUUGCCGAUUCAACCUUUUUCGCGGAGCGCCAUUACGAGCGCGACAGGACGAUAAACUAUCUAAUCAGGCACAUAGUGUGCGACGUAAACCGGUGUCCUGAGACAGUGGAUCAAAGUAGCGCGGUGUUGUUGGGAGCCGACAGUCGCACCAGAGAAACUAUCGCCAUGAAGCGAAAGCAGCAGCAGUAUGGCAAUGUUACGAAUGUAACGCAAAUGUUGGCCGACCGGCCGUACUGGGACAUCGAGAGCGUGCUGCGGAACCGGCUCCGAACCGCGCCCCAGUUCGUGGACAACAUCGAGCUGGAGGUGGAGCUGAAAGGACACAAUGGAUGCGUGAACUGUCUCGAGUGGAGCGACACCGGCAGCAUCCUUGCCUCGGCCUCGGACGAUUUUCACGUAAUGCUGUGGGACCCGUUCCGGCACAAGCGGCUCUACGAUCUGGUGACCACACACGAGGGAAACAUCUUUUCCGUGAAGUUUCUUCCAAAGCGCGGAUACUCACUUUUGGCGACCGGUGCCGGUGAUUGCAAAACGCUCGUGUUCGACGUGAACCGCCAGAAUGACUAUCCGAUCCGGAAGUGUACCUGUCACAUGCAGCGCGUGAAGCGUCUGGAAACGUCGCCGAGAAGCAUGCAGCUGUACUGGUCCGCGUCAGAGGAUGGAACCGUGUUGCAGCAUGACCUGCGCCAGCAGCACAACUGCGAUGGGCGCGAUGCGAACGUGCUGAUCGACCUGAAGAACUACAUUUUCGGUAUUCCGGAGAUCAAGUGUAUCGCAAUCAACCCGCAGCGGCCGGAACUGAUGGCCAUAGGAACGAAUGAUAUCUACGUUCGGCUGUACGAUCGGCGGAUGAUUACCUUGUCCAAGCUCGCUGGCUAUGAGAUCAAUCAAGGGCCCGCCGUUACGGAGGACAAUAUUCCGAAGGAUGGGUGCGUGAAGUACUUCUCGCCGGGCCACCUUGGCUCCAUGGAGAAGGCCCUCUUUUACAACCAGAAAGCGGUCACGUACGUGACGUUUAGUCCCGACGGCACGGAGCUGCUGGCCAACAUGGGUUCCGAUCACAUCUAUCUCUACGACAUCAACAGUACCCGCCAUCCAUUGUUCCUACAGUUGCCAAAGCUUCCGGCUCCGGCGCCGAACGGAUCGACGAUGAACGGCAGUGUCGAGGACUGUUCCAUCGGCAAGAGCGGCGGCGAAAAGACGAAACACAAGUUCCCGCCCGACGUGGAGCUGUUGAAGAAGGAGGGCAACGCCAAUCUGGAGAAGAAUCAUUUCCUGCAGGCGAUUCACAAGUACACGCUCGCGAUCCGGAAAGCCAACAGCAAGGAUUGCGCCAUCCUUUACCUCAACCGUGCCACGGCACUGAUGAAACGCAAUUGGUACGGAGAUGUUUACGCGGCAAUCCGCGACUGCCACACGGCACUCGCGUUGGAUCCUCACUAUGUGAAGGCACACUUUCGGUUGGCCCGGGCAUUGCUUAAAAUGGGCCAACUGCAGGAAUCGUUACAGUGCCUCGAGGAGCUGAUCCGUCGGUUUCCAUCGUACGCUAAAAAUCCGGGCGUGCUGAUGCUGGAGAAGGACAUCGGCAUAGAGAUGGACAAGGUGCGCCACCGUCCGACCGAUAAUGGGAGUGCUAACGAGGCCGAAUCUAACUCGGAAAAGGAGAAGGUAAGGCCGGUGUCACGCUGUCACCUCCACUGGCGUUCGCUGGCCGUGGAUUAUGAGGACCGCUACGUUGGGCACUGCAAUACAAAAACGGAUAUUAAGGAGGCAAACUACUUCGGUGACUCGAACUACAUUGUGGCAGGCUCCGAUGACGGGAACUUCUUCGUCUGGGAUCGGAACAGCGGAAUCAUCCACUCGAUCUAUCACGCGGACGAACUGAUCGUGAACUGUGUGCAGCCGCACCCAUACAUCUGCUUGCUGGCCACGAGCGGUAUCGAUCACGAGGUGCGCCUCUGGUCUCCCCAGUCACCGGAGAAAUCACUGUCGUCUGUGCGGCGCAUCGAACCGAUCGCCACGGUCGUGAUGGAGAACCAAACGCGCAUGCAAUCGGAUCCGUUCGACUCGAUCGCACCCGAUCAGGCGAUCUGUCGAACUAGUUAGCUUUUAACGCAAUUGAUUGCCAAUCUACUACUUGUGAUUAAAGCUAGCAUUAAUAAAUUAUUCGCGAAGGUACGGUUUUACGGUAGUGGCUCGUUAGCCGACCGCACCGAGACAUUGAAUGAUCCGUCGCAUCGUGAAACCGAACGGAGCCGAAUAGCAUCGCUACAUGACCACCAACGACAGCGUGCCGCAGAUUUCGACAACCAGCGAAGCCCGAUUCCCUAACCAUCGACGUGAGAACGGGAUGGCAAUUUCGGUUAAAAAAAAUUCUACUAUUUACCAUUAACAUAUUUCUUUUUAAAAUUCAUUGUGAUUGAAUUGGCAGAUCGUGGAUUUUGCGUACCAUUACGUUUUCUAGAUAAAGGGAUUUUCUUACCAUCAUCCAUAAUUAGUUUUAGUUUAUUCGAAUCGUAAGUUUAUUGGGCUGUUUCUUGAGGAGAAAGUUCAGCACACCAAAUGUGGCCAAUCGGACAGUACUCCAGUUUACCGGUGUUUGAACCUAGCGUUAUGUUUCUAUUGUCCCCCCAAUAAUUUUACCCCGAUUAGCCGUUAGGAUGAGAUUUUGGUUCCGUUGAGUGAGCCGGUUC